GUAAAUGGUGUAGCAAAGUCUUCAAGUAGUGCAACAGUUAAAGAUGGUGAUAAAGUAGAAUGUUGUAUAUCAGGAUGUGCUGCAAAAUGCAUUGGUGGUGGAAAUGAAUAUUGCAAAACUGUUCAAAGUUCAGUUUGCCCAAAGGAUUGUGAAGAUUGUGUUAUUGCUAGUAUAGUAUUUGGCAUCUUUGGCAUAAUAGCUCUUGUUGUUGUUAUUAUUGGCAUUUUGAAAGAUUUUUCUAAACCUGUUUGCCUGACUGUUGCUGUCCUAUGUAUUGUAUUUGAUAUAAUAAGCUUAGCAUUAAGUGCAAGUGUUCUAGCUGAUGAUGAUUGUAAAGAUUGCGAGGAUUGGAUACUUAAUUCAGCUAUAGCUUUUGUUGUGAUUCCCUCUAUAGUUGCAGUUACAGCUAUUGUCUUAACUAUCCUAGUCCUAUUGGGUGUAAUUGGACCAGGCAGAAAUGGUAUCACAAAGCAAGAUUUGAGGCCAUGGGAAGAAAUUGUGUGUGAGAAGUUGCUACAUGUACUAGAAUCAGUUUAUCCCAACAUUUUGUCAGUUAAAGAUCUUAUCAGGAUAGAUUUUGCGGAGGAAAGUGUGGUGAUGGAACAGCUUGAAGAAUUAAGGAGAAAAGAUCUGAUUAGACAACUAGACAGUGGAGGGUUUGUUAGACAUUUUCUUGAUGUUAAGACAGGUGGAAUGAAUGGUGGCAGAGGGCAUGGUGGUGGACGUGGACCCAAUUCAAAUACUGUACAUUCUGGACGUGAAGAUAAACAUCGGGGAACAUUAUCUGACAGGACCAAAAAGAAGGAAAAGAGACCUUUGGAAAAGUUAGCAAACAGUGACAGUGAAGUUUCAAGAAAGGAUGUUCAUGUUCAAGAAAACAGAGACAAUUUCUCUGGAAGACCAAUGCCACCAAUUCCGGACAAGAAAGGUCGUGGAUUGUCGGCUAACUAUGAUGAUGAUCAUCCGAUGAUAAGUGUUGCAACUCCUGACAGGAGAGCAGGUGAUCUAGGGCCCUUGGAUGAAAAGCCCAGAAAGAAGAAAAAGAAAAAGAAGAAGGCAGUGAAUGAUAAUGAUGAGUAAUUGAAAUUACAUUUAGAUCAGCAAAAGUAGGACAUCACAAAAUUAGAUUCUGCAGUUAUGUUGUUGCAGCAAAUGGAGUGAACAAGGAUAAACAUGUUUUCUUCCCAGAUUUUAAGGAGUAUUAAGUAUAUAUUUUGAAAUGUUAAACAAGAAGUUAAGAAUGUGUAAUUUUUAGGAAUAAAAUGAAAGAUUGAACUAUAAAAAAACCUUCACAUCAAAAACACUUCAGUUAUUUUGUGAAUUGUGGUUUCGUAAUAGUAAUGCUAUUCUCAUGACAACUUAGCAAAACCUGGUUAAUGAAAUUUAUGUCCUACUUAAAAAAUGUUGUUAAGGUACGAUACCUUAAAGUGAAGGAAGGUGAUAUUGUAUUUCUAUAAAUUUAUUUUUUUAAGAUUUCAUUUCUGUCAAUCAAAAGUCUUUUUUCUCUUCUUUUUUUAGCUCACCUGAGCAUGCUCAGGGUGAGCUUUUAGGAUCGAUGAUUGUCCGUCGGCCGUCGUCCAUCGUCCGUUCACAUUUAGUUGUUAACACUCUAGCGGUCGCAUUUUUGCCUCAAUCAUUAUCAAACUUGGUCAGGAUGCUUAUGUAGUUGAUAGCUCGGAUGAGUUUGAACAUGGGUCAUCUCGGGUGAAAAACUAGGUCACAAGAGCUAAAAAUAGAAAAACCUUGUUAACACUCUAGAGGUCACAUUUUUGCCUCAAUCAUCAUCAAAGUUGGUCAGGAUGCUUGUCAAUGUGAUAGCUUGGAUGAGUUGGAACAUGGGUCAUCUUGGAUGAAAAACUAGGUCAAUCUCAAUUGUCAUUAAACUUGGUCAGGAAACUUGUCUAGGUAAUUGCUCGGAUUAGUUCUAACAUGGGUCAUCUCGGAUGAAAAACUAGGUCACAGGAGCUAAAAAUAGAAAAAUCUUGUUAACACUCUAGUGGCUACUGUUUUUAUCUAAAUAUCCUGUAAAUUGGUCUGAAAGUUUGUUUUGAUGAUUUCUAAGUCAAGUUCGAACAUGGGUCAUCUCGGAUGAAAAACUAGGUCACACCAUCCAAAUAUGGAAAAACCUCGUUAACACUGUAAGUGGUCACAUUUUUGACUCACCUGUCAUGAAACUUGGUCAGAAUGCUUGUCUAGGUAAUUGUUCGGAUGAGUUUGAUGAGUCAGGUGAGCGAUCUAGGGCCAUCAUGGCCCUCUUGUUAUAUUUUAUCUGUGAUAUUAAUAAUCCAUCCAUAUUUUGAAAUCUGAAAAAAACUGCAUUUUACAUAUCAUUAGUGUUGAAUAUGAAUAUAAUGUAUAAUAUUUAUGUUUGAUCUUGGAAUAAUUCUAAUUUUUAUAUUAAUUUUGAUGUAUUUUUUUAAUGAAAACAAUUACAUUUAUAAGAUCUAUCAGCUGGACAUAAAUCUGCCCACUUUAUUAAACUGUAAUCUCAGAUACAAGGUCUAAGGAGCAAUCCUUGCAAGUGAAAGAAAUAGUUGGGAUGGUGGGGAAAAGGGGAUGGGAUGCUAAGAGGUAAAUGUGGCUGAACCUUUAUGAAACAAUGGUGCAGAGGGCAAUAAGCAGGUCCAUCUAUCAAAGUCAGGGUCAUACAUAAAGGUUUGAAAUAAAAAAGUCCACAUUAUGUUUCCCCUCUAUAAUUUUUUAAAUGUGGGAAGAAAACUUAUUAACUUGGCAAUGAUGAUCACAAUUAUAACACAAUUUUCAGUUUAUGAAUGUAGUUGCUACCCUGAAGGUCAAGGUCACACUUAAAAAGUUAACAUUUCAUGUCCGCUCCAUAGCUUAUUAACUAUAUGGAAGGUUUCAGAUAUCAUGGUUCAAAUGAACACCAUUAUGAUGGUGCACAACAACUAGGUGGCUACACACAAGGUCACAGUUGAAGGUCAAAUAAUAAAAAGCCAACAUUGCGUGCUUGCUCCAUAACUCAUUGAUUUUGGGGAAGGUUUUAAAAUAUCAUGUCACAAAUGAUCACAAUUAUGACACUGUGCUUAGCACAAUACCCAGGCUACUACCUCCAAGUGACAAUGUCACACAGAGAGGUCAAAUAAUCUGGUCAACUACUUUCUGACUUAUUGCAUUGAUUAUUAUUUUGGACCAAAUAAUCACUGCCAUUGUGAUGUGAUUUAUGUGUACACAACACAUCAUAUCAGCCUGACUAUACAUCCAUGGUGAAAAGGUUCAAAAAUCCACACUCAUGUCCACUGAAAAAAAAGAUAUAGCUGUCCUUCAGAUUGCUUGGUUAAAUUAAUUAUAGAAAUUCUUUGUACUUUGAUAAAAUGUAAAAAGCAAAUUUCUGUUUUAUUCCAAGAUUUUGGUGUUUGAUAGAUUGCAUUUUCUGAUUGCUAUUGAAUUGUGGGCAUUCUCAAACAGUCUUAAAGUAUGUCUAAAAUACUAAUUUGUUUUUAAAGUACUAAAAAUAUAAUCUGAGUUAGAAGUGAACAGGAAAAAGUGGACAGAAGUUUUGAAAUUGUUCUCAAAAAAAAAAAUACUUAUACUUGUAUGAAAUUCUCACAUGAAAAAAAAAAACUUAAUGUAUCAUAUAAGAAUAAGUGUAUAUAUAAUGAUUUAGAUGUAUAUAUUACUCCUGAAAUAGGAAGACAUUUAUUUAUGUAUUUUCAAUGUAUGUAAGAAGCUGAAGUUGUACCACUGUCGUUUGUCAUUUUAUAUUGAUUUUACCUGAUUGACUUGCUUUUUAUGCCCCCGGGCAUAUAGUAAUUGAACCGCCCAUACGUCUGUCCGUACGUACGUACGUCCGUCUGUCUGUACAUGGUUAACCUACUAGAACGGCAAGUUGGAUUUUUCUUAAGUUCUACCUGUACCAAUGGCUUCUUAGUUUUCACACUUACUAAUCAAUACAAAGUACAUGAUCUGGUCAAGUAACAUAACUAUGGCUUCCAUAUUUACCAAGUUAUUGCCCUUUUCAGCACUUAGAAAAUGAAUAAUGGUUAACCUAAAACGGCAAGUUGGAAAUAUCUUAAGUUCUAUCUAUACUAAUGGCUUCAUAAUUUCCACACUUACUUAUCAAUUCAAAGUUCAUGAUAUUGCCAAGUUAUAUAACUGUGUCAUCCAUAUUUCCCAGUUAUUUCCCUUUUUUCACUUUGAAAAUAGGGCCUUGUCUGGUUAACAUAUUUCGGCAAGUUGGAUUUAUCGUAAAUUUCUCUUAAUUGCUUAAUUUAUUUAAUGAUAUCUUGCAUAUUUGGUAGGUGGAUACCUUUAAUGGUCCUCUAAUUGUUUGUGGAGUAAGUGGUCCCUAGGGUCAAAGUCAAGGUCACUGGUUUAGAAAAUAAAUUAAAACAUUUUGCUCAUACAGCUUUUAUUUUUUGGUUGAUGUCUUUCAUGUUUAAUACAAACAUGCCAAGGGAGGUCCUCCUUCUUUGGGUAUAGUAAGGGUUCAUUUGGGUCAAGGUCAAUGUCACCAAUGUCAAGGUCUCUCCAGUGUUAAAAAUAGAUUUUUACAGGUGUAUUAACCAUAUUCUAUAGACAGAUGUCAUUCAUAAUAGAUAGGAACAUAAAAUUUGAUGGAGUUAGUGGUCAGUUGGGUCAAGGUCACCAGUGCUAAAAAUAGAUUUUUACACUUUUGCUCAUACAGCCUUUAUUUAUUGACAGGUGUAUUUCAUAUUUGGUAGGAAGAUAACUUGCAUGAUAUUCUAUAGGUGUCAGUGGGUCAAGGUCAAGGGUGCCAAGUAUAGAUUUCUUACAUUUAUAUAUAUUUGAUAAGUUGAAUAUUUAUCAUUGUCAUAGCAAUGACUUGGCAACUUAUAUAUUUCACAAUUACAAAAUGCCAUGACUCUGUCAAGCUAUAUAACUUGUGUUUACAAUUUUUUGGCAAUGUUUCUGUCCAUAACUGAGUGAAUGGGUAAACAUUUUUUGAAAUGACAAGAAUCGGAGCCGGGGGCAUUUGUGUUUAACAAACACGUUCUUGUCUUUUAAAGGAACUCCACUGAGGUCAAAAAGCAUAAAAAACGUAAAAUUUUAAUUUCUUACAACUGGGGCACUUAAAACAGAGAUACAUACAAAAGAUAAUUAUGAAAUAUAAUUUGAAAUAUAUUGAAAAUCAUUUUUUUUUGUGCAAUUUUUAGCCCAAUUUGAGACAACGCUUUUCAGUUUUUGGUCAUUUUUUCACAAUUACAAUAAUUCUAGAAUAUCGGAGUGAGCUAAUGAUCUUUUUGUCUAGACAUUCAUCAAAUUGAACAUUACCAAGAAAAAUUGCUUCCAGUCACGUCAUGAAAAAACCUCAGUCGUGUCCCUUUAAUUUUUAAAGUAGUUGAAUCCCUUUAAUUUUUAAAGUAAGUUUUUAGAAACUCGUAAGUUCCAUAAUCAUACAUGUAAUUAUAAUUAAGCCUAAGUGAUCAACAGUAUAUAAACUGCUAACUGGAGUUUUUUACUCUGUAAGGUUGACAAAUAGUUGCUAUUUUAAUAUAAACUUUGUAUUAUCAAAAUAUGAUAUGGAUUAUAAGUUAGAUGUUAAUGAUAAUGUAAAACUUAUUCUACUAGAUUCAACUUUAAUAUGUCUUCAUCAGAAAUGAAAAUUAACAAAAUGUUGAAAUUCUUAUUUGAAAAAUUCACAUAACUUAAAAGUGUGUAUCAAUAAAACGUGCAAAAGUGUAUAGUUAUGUAAAGUCAUACUUAUUUUAUAGGGUUAAUGCACGUUUUUCCUUGU